AAACUUUUGAAUAACUACAAAAAAAAAAAAAAAAAAAAAAACCUCAGAUAUUUGCCUUUGCUAAUCAUUGAUGACGACGUCGUUCUUACAUAUACAUAACUUAUUUGAUAAUUUAUAGGGACAGAAGCAACUAUAAGGAAGUAAACAAGUUAGUUUUAACUCAAGCAAACAAAAUGGACAAAAUUCAAAUAAUAGUAACAGUAUGUCGUGCUGCCAUAGCAAUUGCACUGUUUGUGUGUCUAUGGAAAGUGCUGAACUGGAUUUGGUUCAGGCCAAAAAAGUUGGAGAAAUUGUUGAGAAAACAAGGUCUAAAAGGAAAUUCAUACAGAAUAUUGUAUGGAGACAUGAAAGAUUCUUCUAGGAUGAGUGAGGAAGCUUACUCAAAGCCUAUGAAUCUGUCUGAUGAUGAUUUGAGACCAAGAAUGUUGCCUUUCUUUCUUGAAACCAUCAAGAAAUAUGGGAAAAAAUCUUUUAUAUGGAUGGGUCCAAGACCGCAAGUAUUAAUCAUGGACCCUGAGCUUAUAAAGGAAGUAUUCUCCAAAAUCUAUUUGUAUCAAAAGCCUCAUGGAAAUCCGUUAACAGCAUUAUUGGUACGAGGAGUAGCAGCCUAUGAGGAAGACAAAUGGGCCAAACAUAGAAAAAUUAUCAAUCCCGCUUUCCAUCUAGAGAAGCUAAAGCAUAUGCUUCCAGCUUUUUACUUGAGCUGUAGUGAGAUGCUGAGCAAAUGGGAAGACGUUGUUUCAGUUGACGUCUCACACACGAUAGAUGUAUGGCCUCACCUUCAGCAAUUGACGUGUGAUGUAAUCUCCCGGACAGCUUUUGGCAGUAGUUAUGAAGAAGGUAGAAAGAUAUUUGAACUUCAAAAAGAACAAGCUCAGCAUUUUAUGGAUGCUGUACGAUCAGUAUAUAUUCCAGGCUGGAGAUUUUUGCCAACAAAGAGGAACAGAAGAAUGAAGGAAAUAAAAGAGGCUGUCCACGCCUCAAUUAGAGGUAUUAUUGAUAAAAGAGUGAAGACAAUGAAAGCAGGGGACGCCAAUAAUGAGGAUCUAUUAGGUAUAUUGCUUGAAUCAAAUUUUAAAGAAAUUGAACAGCAUGGGAACAAGGAUUUUGGAAUGAGCAUUGAAGAAGUGAUCGAAGAAUGUAAGUUAUUUUAUUUUGCUGGCCAAGAAACUACGUCAGUGUUGCUCCUAUGGACUAUGGUAUUGUUGAGUAAGUAUCAAGUUUGGCAGACCCAGGCCAGAGAAGAAGUGUUGCAAGUGUUUGGGAAUCGGGAACCAGAUUUUGAUGGAUUAAAUCGUCUAAAAGUUGUAACAAUGAUCUUGUACGAGUCAUUACGGCUAUAUCCCCCAUUAACAACACUUACCCGGGAUGUGAAUGAAGACAUUGUAUUAGGAGAAUUGUCUCUGCCAGCUGGUAUACUAAUCUCUUUGCCAGUGAUUUUAUUGCAUCAUGAUAAAGAGAUAUGGGGUGAAGAUGCAAGUAAGUUCAAUCCAGAGAGAUUCAAAGAAGGACUAUCAAGUGCUACUAAGGGUCAAGUUACCUACUUUCCAUUUUCCUGGGGUCCGAGAAUAUGCAUUGGACAAAACUUUGCCAUGUUGGAGGCAAAGAUGGCUUUGUCUAUGAUCCUACAGAGCUUCUCUUUUGAACUUUCCCCAUCAUAUGCACAUGCCCCUCAGUCCAUAGUAACCAUGCAGCCUCAGUAUGGUGCUCCACUUAUUUUCCACAAAUUAUAAUUUGGUAUUUUGUGAGAGGUGUCUUGUAAUGGAACAUGCAAUGACACUCGUGCUCGUCUUGGACCUGGCCAUGCCCUUUUUGGCUGGCCGGGCUCAUGUGAUGCCGGCGUCAAUGAGGAAUGCCCACUUGUAGGAUUUCACUGGGUAUGUUAUUGUCUUUUAACGUAUAGAAGUUGAUAUAGUUUAUCAAUGUCUAGCUAUGUAAAAAUACUUUUAAAGAUGGUCCAAUGAAUAUAACAAAUCCCAGCAGCAGCAUGGGAUCUUGAUUACUCA